AUGGGGUUCAACCGCUCCCUUAAGCCACCAACUUCAAAGCCUAUGUCAGCAAAGGUGCAUAGGCUGACAAAAGAAGAUGCAUUGAAAUACCUUGGUACAAUCAAGAACAAACUUACAGACCACCCAGACAAGUAUUAUGGGUUCAUCUACAUCAUGAGAGAUUUUUCCAAGGGCAGGAUCAACACUCGCACUGUUAUUGACCGGGUGAGAGUCCUUUUUGCUGGGUAUCCCGACCUACUCCAUGGGUUCAAUAAGUUCUUACCAAGAGGCCUAAAAGUAAUUUGA